AGCUUUCCCUCUUUUCUUUUUCUACUUUCCCUUUUUACAGUUUUUAAAUCUCUUCAUUAAGCAUAAAAGCAGCACGAUAACCGUACAACUACGUUCCUCUCACAACAAGUAUUAAAGAAUAAUGCAAACAAUUAAAUGUGUUGUUGUAGGUGAUGGUGCUGUUGGUAAAACAUGUCUCUUGAUUUCAUAUACAACAAACAAGUUUCCAUCUGAAUAUGUGCCUACCGUCUUCGAUAAUUAUGCUGUAACUGUAAUGAUUGGAGAGGAACCCUACACAUUAGGCUUAUUUGAUACUGCAGGUCAAGAGGAUUAUGAUAGACUUAGACCUUUGUCUUAUCCUCAGACAGAUGUCUUCUUAGUUUGUUUCUCGGUUACUUCACCUGCCAGUUUUGAAAAUGUGAAAGAGAAAUGGUUCCCUGAAGUCCAUCAUCAUUGUCCUGGUGUUCCUUGUUUGAUUGUCGGUACACAGAUCGAUUUACGUCAAGAUCCUGCUGUAUUAGAAAAAUUAACAAGACAAAAGCAACGCCCUAUCAGUUUCGAUCAAGGCGAAAGAUUAGCUCGUGAAUUAGGUGCUGUAAAAUACGUUGAGUGUUCUGCACUAACACAGAAGGGUUUAAAGAAUGUGUUUGACGAAGCUAUCGUUGCUGCUUUAGAGCCUCCCGUGAAGAAGAAAUCCAAGAAGUGUACUAUUUUGUAGCUUUUUACUGUUAUUCUAAAAUUGAGAAAAGAAGCACAUUGUCUCGAACAGUAGCGGCUAGAAGUAAAAAUGACAAACAUGCUAUGAUUAUAUCUUUUUAUACUUAAAAUCAUAUUAAUUAUGUGUAAGAAGAACUCAAUUCAAACGAGUACCCACAUAAACAUUUUUAUACAAUACAACCCUUAUUAAUAAAUAUUGUCAAACAAAACCUCAUAGUGACCAAUUUCAGCACAGCAAGCC